UAGCCGCGCGCGCGCUCCCGGUUCCGAAUGUUGUGAAUAAAAUGCGCCGUUUGUUACACCCCGGCGGCGCGGGCGGUUCUUAAAGGGCCAGAGACCUGGGGCCACUGGCACCCCACUUGCCCGGCCCCGCUUGGUUAGCAGCCCAGGGAGGGCUGCUGACCUCCCGGAGCGUUGAAGAAAACAAAGAAGAAACCGGAAACAGCAGCGACAGCUGUGGAGAGGGGGGCGCGGGCGCAGGGCCCAGAGCAGACACGAGAGGGUGGAAAAGGUGGCGGGGGGAAGGCUGUAAUUGCAUUCAGACAAUCUGAGCAGAUCCCAAAGAACUAGUGUGCUGUUAAAUUUGGAGCCUGAGGUCCAACAUCACCCUUCGCCUUGACAACAUCCCCAAUGCGACCAUGGGAUCUGGCAGUGAAUAGGCGCCCUCCUUCUGCCCCCUUUGACCAGCGACGAUUUUCAGGGGGAACUUGUGGCAGCCCAGCACACCUCAGGAGAAGCCCUCCUUCCCGGCACCACUGGGGCCGACGUGAGCGACCUCUGCAAACCCUGCUAGCCCAGGAUGAGAACUACUUGCACCCGGCUUUUUUCCAGCAGCAGCAGCCACAGCCACACGUUCCUGUAGAUGAGCACCCGGCGUACGUUCUGGCCAAUACGCCACCACGAAUGCUUCACCCGGCUGCGCACCCACCCCACCAGCAUCCAUUCAUGGUGGAUCUCCACGAGCAGGUGCAUCAGGGAGCUGUCCCUCUGUCCUAUACGGUGACCACAGUAACAACACAAGGCUUCCCCAUUCACACUGGCCAGCACAUCCCAGGUUGUAGUGCACAGCAGCUCCCAGCAUGCUCGGUGAUGUUCAGUGGACAGCACUACCCACUCUGCUGCCUCCCACCCCCCCUGAUCCAGGCCUGUGCCAUGCAGCAGCUCCCCGUCUCCUACCAAACGUUCCCACCACUUAUCUCCAGCGAUCAUUACAUUUUGCACCCUCCACCGCCUGUGCCACCACACCAGCCUCCUCAUAUGGCUCCCCUCAGCCAGUUUGUCCCACUCCAGCCCCAGCAUCCUCGCAUGCCUCUGCAAAGGAUAGAAAAUGAGGUGGAGCUUCGGGGUGAACAGCACUCCAUUGGAGGCUUCUCAUAUUCUCCUUCCCACCAUACUCCUGCACUGUCCCCCUCUGUGCCGCUGCAUUACCUUCCACACACCCAUGACCCUCUGCAUCAGGAACUGCCCUUUGGCAUGCCAUAUCCGCACAUGAUGCCCAGGCGACUGAACACCCAGCGAUACAGAUUGCAGCAGCCACUGCCACCCCCGCCGCCACCCCCGCCCCCAUACUAUCCGAGCUUCCUGCCAUAUUUCCUUUCAAUGCUUCCUGUGUCACCAACAGCCGUGGGACCUACAAUAAGCCUGGACUUGGAUGUGGAUGAUGUGGAGAUGGAAAAUUAUGAGGCAUUACUGAACCUAGCUGAAAGACUAGGGGAGGCCAAGCCACGGGGACUCACCAAAGCAGACAUUGAGCACCUUCCGUCCUACCGCUUCAACCCAGAGAGCCAUCAGUCAGAGCAAACGUUGUGUGUUGUGUGCUUCAGUGACUUUGAAGUAAGGCAGCUUCUGCGAGUUCUGCCCUGCAACCAUGAGUUCCAUGCUAAGUGCAUUGACAAAUGGUUAAAGGCAAACCGCACAUGCCCAAUCUGCCGGGCGGACGCCUCAGAGGUGCACCGGGAAGCCGAGUGAGGCUGGUCGACUCGCUGCUGCACAAAUUCACUCCAGGAUAUGGACCUUGGACCAGGGGCUUGGGCCAGCCUGUAUGCUUAGCCUCUGGGGCCUCUCCUGGGAUGUGGUGAGAAUAUAAGCAAUGUAUGACACCUCCUUCCCCUCACCCCGUGGCAUGGACUGGGCCUGGUGGCAGUGCCAGCUCUGCAGUGUCACGCUUUGUAGGGGGAGGCAUCCCCAUGUGCUUCGCACUCCAAAGACUCUCCAUCCUUGCGCCAUUACGCUCCAGGUGUUUGCAUUCCUUUUUUCUUUUCUUUCUUUCUUUUUUAGUUGGUGUUUCCUUUCCUUUUUGGCUGUCUGACCCAGAUCUUAGUCCAAAAUCUUCUCUUUUUGGUGGUGCUAGGUGGGGUCCUUGAAAGCAGAGCAGCUCAAAGGGAGAGGCAAGGAAAUGCCUGCUUCAGUCCCACCAGCUACAGUGUUGCACAGCAGGUAUUGUGUUGGAAGGAUGGGGUGGAUUGGUUGCUACAGUAUGGUGUGAGUGGCCCCUAUCCAAACCAUGGCCCAGGGCCACCUUCUCAGGCAACACCCCCCCCUCCCCCGCACACACCUGAGAUGCUGGGUAGAAUUCAGGGCCAUUCCUGCGACUAAUGGGGGUAUUGGAGUGAGAAAGGCCUGUUAAAGGUCCCAGCAAUAUACCACUGCCCUCACUGCUGUUGCUGUGAGGCAGUGCUGAGGAAUUCCUGCUACACCCCCUCC